AUGGUAUCUGAGUCUGAUGUAUUGGCUCACAGAAAACUGUUGAUUUGGCAAAGGUCAUUGAGGAUAUCGACAAGCACACCCACCAUGUCGAGUGGAAGUAACACGCGAACACAAUAUUCGACUUCGUCAUUCGCCGGUGAAACUUACUUUGAAAAGAUAUCUUCGUUCACCACAGAUGAUACCCUGGAUAUGAUAACAUCGCCCUGGACUACUGAAUCGUGGGAAUCGGAUACCGUAUCUUCUGGCGACCCAUUUAAUCUAACUUUCUCCAGUGCUAGCAGCGAUAAGUUAAUACUUUUAUCGUCUGUAUCGUUUCAGCCUAAAUCGACUUCGUCGUACGGCCCUAUAAGUGUUGCUAAUUGCAGCUUGAGUAGAAAUACACUGACGGUGUUUAACAACAAUACACUGCCGCGAGGCAGCGUUGUAAUUCAACCAAUGGUGAAGUUGUCUAAAUCAUCAGGAACGCUAAGUUCUUGGACUGUCGAGUCAUUUUGGAGUGAUGGUCGGUUUGCUUUCAAUUCUGGAACAAUGAAGCCGUGGUGCUUUAGCCCAUAUUCGAUGUUUAGCGAAACUGACUUGUAUCCAAGCACUUUGGAGUCGAAAACCUUCGUGUCAACACCUACAAUGUGUUCAGAUAGCUUUGAUAUAAUAUUAAAUGAACAGAAUAUUUUGGUAACUUAA